AUGGCCUCCCCAGCUUCAGCAACAAUGGGUAAGUCUAACGGUAAUGGGGGUACGAGCAAAAUGUAUUCGGCCCAAGUCGUCGCGGCACUGCUUAGUGGCCUUGGGGUUACAAGCAUUGCUAUGAAGCACUACGAGAUGAUAUCCGCUAUCGAUGGCGUGAAGACUGCAAGCGCGUUCCAGCACGACUUUCGCGCUAUUCUCCGCAAUGCGAAAGAGUACAAGGCACGAGUUGACGCUGGGGAGACAUUCCAGGCUGUUCAGCGUACCCAAAAGCGAAGCGCUGCCGCAGUGGAGGGUAACCCCACCACACAGGUAACACCAAAGAAGGCAAAGAUCUCCUCCAAUGGCUCACCCAAAGACAAAGCCAAGGCUAAUCUAAAACCGACGGGAAAGAAAGGCAAAGCAGCUGCUCCCGAGGUCAAGUAG